GGCUGGGUGCGCGGCGCAGCGUCCUGUGUUGGAAUGUGCGGCUCCCGCGAGCUCGCGGCGCAGAAGCGGAGCGAGCGCCGCCGAGGCCCGGGGCCCCAGACCCCGGCGGCGGCGGCAGCUGAGACCGCUGGGCUAGUCCCGGAGGCUUGAGUACCCUCUGCAGCCCCAUUUCUGGGCCUUUUCGGUCCUCGACAGCCCCAGCACCCAACUUUUCCACCCUCCCCCACCCUUCCCCCGAAACUCCAGCAACAAAGAAAAGUAGUCGGAGAAGGAGCGGCGACUCAGGGUCGUCCUCCCCUCCUCUCCGAGGAAGGCCGAAUACAGUUAUGGCCACCCAGGUAAUGGGGCAGUCUUCUGGAGGAGGAGGGCUGUUUACCAGCAGUGGCAAUAUUGGAAUGGCCUUGCCUAACGACAUGUAUGACUUGCAUGACCUCUCCAAAGCUGAACUGGCCGCACCUCAGCUUAUCAUGCUGGCAAAUGUGGCCUUAACUGGGGAAGUAAAUGGCAGCUGCUGUGAUUACCUGGUUGGUGAAGAAAGGCAGAUGGCAGAAUUGAUGCCUGUUGGGGAUAACAACUUUUCAGAUAGUGAAGGAGAAGGACUUGAAGAGUCUGCUGAAAUCAAAGGUGAACCUAAUGGAAUGGAAAACAUGGAACUGAGAAGUUUGGAACUCAGUGUCGUAGAACCUCAGCCUGUAUUUGAGGCAUCAGCUGCUCCAGAGAUUUACAGCUCAAAUAAAGAUCUUCCUCCUGAAACACCUGGAGUGGAGGACAAAGGCAAGAACUCAAAGACCAAACCCUUUCGCUGUAAGCCAUGCCAAUAUGAAGCAGAAUCUGAAGAACAGUUUGUGCAUCACAUCAGAGUUCACAGUGCCAAGAAAUUUUUUGUGGAAGAGAGUGCAGAGAAGCAGGCAAAAGCCAGGGAAUCUGGCUCUUCCACUGCAGAAGAGGGAGAUUUCUCCAAGGGCCCCAUUCGCUGUGACCGCUGUGGCUAUAAUACCAAUCGAUAUGAUCACUAUACUGCACACCUGAAACACCACACCAGAGCUGGGGAUAAUGAGCGCGUCUACAAGUGCAUCAUCUGCACAUACACAACAGUAAGCGAGUAUCACUGGAGGAAACACUUGAGAAACCAUUUUCCAAGGAAAGUAUACACUUGUGGAAAAUGCAACUAUUUUUCAGACAGAAAAAACAAUUACGUUCAGCAUGUUAGAACUCAUACAGGAGAACGCCCAUAUAAAUGUGAACUUUGUCCUUACUCAAGUUCUCAGAAGACUCAUCUAACUAGACAUAUGCGUACUCAUUCAGGUGAGAAGCCAUUUAAAUGUGAUCAGUGCAGUUAUGUGGCCUCGAAUCAACAUGAAGUAACUCGCCAUGCAAGACAGGUUCACAAUGGGCCUAAACCUCUUAAUUGCCCACACUGUGACUACAAAACAGCAGAUAGAAGUAACUUCAAAAAACAUGUAGAGCUACAUGUGAAUCCACGACAGUUCAAUUGCCCUGUAUGUGACUAUGCAGCUUCCAAGAAGUGUAAUCUACAGUAUCACUUCAAAUCUAAGCAUCCUACUUGUCCUAAUAAAACAAUGGAUGUCUCAAAAGUGAAACUAAAGAAAACCAAAAAACGAGAGGCUGACUUGCCUGAUAAUAUUACCAAUGAAAAAACAGAAACAGAACAGACAAAAGUAAAAGGGGAUGUAGCUGGAAAGAAAAAUGAAAAGCCUAUAAAAGCGGAGAAAAGAGAUGUCUCAAAAGAGAAAAAGCCUUCUAAUGUGUCAGUGAUCCAAGUGACCACCAGAACUCGAAAAUCGGUAACAGAGAUGAAAGAGAUGGAUGUGCAUACCGGAAGCAAUUCAGAAAAAUUUUGUAAGACUAAGAAAAGCAAAAGGAAGCUGGAAGCUGACACCCAUUCUUUACGUGAUCCUGUGAAUGAUGAGGAAUCUUCAACAAGAAAGAAAAGGAAGGUAGAAAGCAAAUCCAAAAAUAAUAGUCAGGAAGUGCCAAAGGGUGACAGCAAAGUGGAGGAAAAUAAAAAGCAAGAUAUCUACAUCAAAAAAAGUACAAAGAAGAAAACUCUGAAAAAUAAAUCAAGUAAGAAAAGCAGCAAGCCUGCUCAGAAGGAGCCUGCUCAGAAGGAACCUGUUGAGAAGGGGCCUGCUCAGAUGGACCCUCCUCACAUGGAGCCUGCCCAGAUGGGGCCUGCUCCCACAGAGGCAGUUCAGAAGGGGACCGUUCAGGUGGAGCCGCCGCCUCCCAUGGAGCCUGCUCAGAUGGAGGGUGCCCAGAUACAGCCUGCUCAUGCCGAGCCUGUUCAGAUGGAGGUGGUUCAAGAGGGGCCUGCUCAGAAGGAGCUGCCACCUCCUGUGGAGCCUGCUCAGGUCGUGGGUGCGCAGAUGGUACCUGCUCACAUGGAGCUGCCUUCUCCCAUGGAGACUGCUCAGAUGGAGGUUUCCCAAAUGGGUCCUGCUCCCGUGGAAACUGUUCAGAUGGAGGUUGCCCAAGAAGAACCUGCUCCCGUUGAGGUGGUUCAGAAGGAGCCUGUUCAAAUGGAGCUGUCUCCUCCCAUGGGGGUGGUCCAGAAGGAGCCUGUUGAGAUGGAGCUGUCUCCUUCUAUGGAGGUAGUACAGAAGGAGCCUGUUCACACAGAGCUGUCUCCUCCCAUAGAGGUGGUCCAGAAGGAACCUGUUCAGAUGAAGCUGUCUCCUCCCAGAGAGGUGGUCCAGAAGGAACCUGUUCAGAUGGAGCUGUCUCCUCCCAUAGAGGUGGUCCAGAAGGAACCUGUUCAGAUGGAGCUGUCUCCUCCCAUAGAGGUGGUCCAGAAAGAACCCGUUCAGAUGGAGCUGUCUCCUCCCGUCGGGGUGGUUCAGAAGGAGGCUUCUCCUCCCAUAGAGCCUCCCUUUCACAUGGAGCCAGUUUCCAAAAAGCCUCCUCUCCGAAAACAUAAAAAGGAAAAGUCUAACAUGCAGAGUGAAAGAGCACAGAAGGAGCAAGUCCUUAUUGAAGUUGGCUUAGUGCCUGUUAAAGAUAGCUGGCUUCUAAAGGAAAGUAUAAGCACAGAAGAUCUGUCACCACCAUCACCACUGCUGCCAAAGGAAAAUUUAAAAGAAGAGGCAUUAAGAGACCAAAAAUUACUCGUCAGAGGUGAAGGAAAUCAAGAAGCCCCUCUUCAGAAAGUAGGAGCAAAAGAGGCAGAUGAGAGCCUACCUGGUCUUGCUGCUAAUAUUGAGGAAUCUACCCAUGUUUCAUCCUCUAGACAAAACUUAAAUAUGCCAGAGGGUGAAAGUUCAGAUGGUAAACAUCAGACCGACGCUGUGGUUUGUGAAAUGGAAAUGGACACUGAUGAGAACACAAGAGAGAAUCUCCCUGGUAUAAACUCAACAGUUCAAGAACCAGUUUCACCAAUGCUUCCCCCCUCAGCAGUAGAAGAAUGUGGUGAAGCAGUGUCUAAAACUGCACCACCAUCACCUCCUGCUACCAUGGCAGUAAAUGAGUCUCAGGAAAUUGAUGAAGAUGAAGGCAUCCACAGCCAUGAAGGAAGUGACCUAAGUGACAACAUGUCAGAGGGUAGUGAUGAUUCUGGAUUACAUGGGGCUCGGCCAGUUUCACAAGAAUCUAGCAGAAAAAAUGCAAAGGAAGCCUUAGCAGUCAAAGUGGCUAAGGGAGAUUUUGUUUGUAUUUUCUGUGAUCGUUCUUUCAGAAAGGGAAAAGAUUAUAGCAAACACCUCAAUCGCCAUUUGGUUAAUGUGUACUAUCUUGAAGAAGCAGCUCAAGGGCAAGAGUAAUGAAACUUUGAACAAGGUUUCAGUUCUUAGUUUGUAAGGUAUAUUACAUUUUAUAUUCAUUUAUAGUAGUAGACAACCUUUUAAGAUUGCUUUAAUUAGUCUCUGAUGUUGAUUUUUAAGUGGCACUCUUUUCCUUAGGACUUUUUAUGUAUACCUGUUGAUGUAUAAAUUUAGCAAAUCUACUAAACCAGCAGAUACCUAAAUCUGUUAGCUUAUGUGUCUAAUUGAAAUGAGGCUAAGAUGGUAUAGCAGCAUUUUAUUGCUUUGUCCAGCUACAACUUGUCAUUUUUUUCUCCAUGUCUCUUCCUGUUUCACUUUAGUUUAUUCUUAGUUUUUUAUUGAGAUCUAUAAAAAAUUGGCUUAAUAGCAAAUUACUUGAAUAAUUUGCCUGCUUUAUAUAAAGUUAGCACUUUAAGAUUUUUUUUUAGAGAUGGAAAGACAUUUACAUUGAAGAAAAAUUGUCCCAGCAAUAGACAUUCUAUCAGUCCAAGCAUAGACAUCCUGAGUUUUGAUCAAUAUUUUUUAUUUGUGUAUGUUAAUCGUCAUGAAAACAAUGAUUUUGGUGUGUUUUUUAUUUUGGUGCUUUAAUGGCUUAAGAUGUUGCACAUUUUUUUUUUUGUUUCUGUUUUUGUUUUUUUACCUAUGCAGUUAAAAUUUUCCUAGAUAGAACAUUUGUGUUAAACAGUAACACUUUAUACGUAUAUAUAUAUAUGCAUGUUUAUUUUGGCCUCUUUGGAGGGAUGCUUUUAGACUUGUUUGCAAAAGGGCAGUUUUCUUUUUCUUUGCUGCAGUUGUCUAUUUUGCAGAAUAAUAGUGUGUGCAAGUUUGUGAGCAAAUGAAACAUGCAGGUUCAAUCCAUUGAUUUUGAUUUUUACAUCUUAUAUCUAUGCCAGAAUCUUUAUUUCAUAUAACUUAUUUAUUUUGAAUGGAUGUAGUAAAUUCACAGUUCUCAGUUUUGAUUUUGCAAUAAAUAAACCACUAGGUUCCAUAUCGAACAAAUUUUUAUCUCAAAUACCAACCAUCAAUUUUUUUUUUCUUCAUGUGUUUUGGUACAGCUAAUUCCCAAUUUUAGUGUGUUAAAUGUUUGAGGAAAACCUUUUCUCAUAGAUGGUUGGUGUGCAUGUGGCUACUUUACAAUAAAGAACUGUAAGUGAUAUUUGGAAACUGCAAACCUGGAAUUAGGAGACAUAAUUAUUCCUUCAAGUUUUACAGAAUAUCACUUGGAAGAUUCCAAAGCCAUAGCUAUUACGCGGCAAACCUAGGUUAUGAGAGGUAGUGUGAGUGCUGGCAGACCAGCUGCAACUUUCCUAUACAGUGAAAAAGGCUGGUGAAACAAGUACAGGCCAGAUUUUAAAAAAUCAUACUUUCUCAGGGAUCUCCACAAACUAGUGGGUGUCCUGGCUGUCUCUGUGAUAGCCUCUUUCUACAUACAGGUGAGGCCUCAAAUGAAUUGCAGCUAUCCUGGUGUUCCUGUGGGGGCACUUUGUAUGAAAAAGGGCAUGUACUCCAAAACAUUUUUGUAGGUUCUUUGGCUCAUCGCCAAAGCGUAUGAAAGAAUCCAAUAUAGGAUUUUUCUUACUGAUAGCAGUUAUUCAUUUCAGUAAAACAAAAUAUGAUCCCAGUAGGGAAUCUUGAAUUCUGACCUCCCAUAUUCUGUUUUGAAAUAACCACUUUGUAUUUCAUUUUAAAAAAUCUGAUGAUUUCUUUGAGGCAGGUUUCAGAUUUUGGCAGUACAACAGGAAAGAUUAGGAAAAGCAUGAAUAAUAGUGUAUGGAUGGAGAGCUUGUUAAAAAUCUGAGAGUGAAGUUUGAGUUAAAAGUUGUUUGAACAUGGAAUUGACUGGGAGGCCAAAGAUUUAAAGAAGCAGAAGAUUCUUCUCUUAAGACAUGAGGAGUAAGUUGUGUGAUAAUGGUGUGUGUUUUGUGUGCAUGAUUGAACAUUGUAAAUGUUGAAUUCUAGGCUCUGACAAUCACUGUCAACAGAAGAUCAAGCUGCAAAUAUUUAUGUUUUAAAACUUAAAUUAUAAAGCUAGUUAAAUCUAAUGACUAGUUUUAAUGUUCAUGGGUACAUUUUACCUUACCGUUUACAUUGUAUAGAAAAAGAUUCAUCUUAAGCACAGAUUGGAUAUUAGGAGUUAGUUUGGGGAAGAGUUUUUUUUUUGUGGAUUCUUUCAUACUGUAGAAGAAAAACCAUUUGCCUUCUAGGGAAUUGAGCUAAAUUCUAAACUAGUCAUUAAGACUAGAAUGCUAAAAACAGAAACAUGAAGGAAAUUAAAACCCCUUAUUAUUAAAUUGAUAUGUAAAAACAUUGUUACUGGAAAUUGAUUGGACUUGAGGCCUUCUUCAAGAAAAUAAGGACUUGAUUGUCAGGCCUAUAUUAGGUUCUGAACCUUAACGCCGUGUAUUUGUACUUAUUAAAAAUUGUUUCAAUUAAAAGUACAUUAGCAGUAUGAACUUCUGGUCCAGUUGGAAGUUCUUUCAUCUGAAAAAUGUGAUAUUUGCAUGGAACUGUUUGAAUCUUUUUAUUUUCUAGUCCCCCUCCCCCACACUGGAUAGAAUUUAAGCUAGAAUUUUCCCUUUGGAUAAAAGAACAAAAAAUGAACAUGUUAUUUGUAAACUGAUGUUUAGUAACUAGUGAUAAACUUGAAAUAAUAGAAUACAUUAUAAGCCUUAAUCUUAGGUAGUCUUAUAAAAAUGAAUCUCUUAACUAUCUUUUGAACCUAUAUUCACAUUGGUUUUCAGAUACUUUAAGUUAUAUUUUUUUUCUGUUUUCAGAGCUGCUUUUUAUUCUGGGGCUACUUUUUUUAUUGUAUAAUUCACAAGGGGCUGCUUUUUUUUUUUCGAUAAGGCUUAUAACUAUGGCUGGAUGUUUUGCUCUAGUCUUCUAAGAAGGGCCAUUUUAUUUUUUAGAGUCACUUCUAAAGUCAUGUGGUAAUAAACUUUGGAGACUCUUUGGCAUAUGAGAGCUGAUACAAAUUAAAACCCAAGUAGACCUCAUUGCGUGUCACCCUAUGAAUGUUGACAAUGGAAGGAAUACCUUGCCUGUAGCAUACUGUCACUUCUGAACUGAAAAGCUGAGGAAGAAAGUUAAUUCUUUUUUGCAUAAAUCAGAAAAACUUAUAGUGUUCCCAGUUUCCUGGUUGACCUCAGCAGAUGAAGUGGACAGGUAGUGUUAAUUCAGAUUGAAGAAAUUGUCUGAAUCUUGGUUUGUGUAGAUUUACAAUCUACAUGCAAUAUUAACUAAAUCAGAUAGCUUUUACAGUUUCACAUGUGUACAUAGGUUCGCUCCCAGUCCCUUCCAUAUCCAUUAGUUAUUGAACUUUCUAAACUGGCAUUGAAACAUUACAACAAUGUUUUGUUGCACCAAUUUUAUAAACUUAUGCAGUGCAAUACGUGUUAUUUUUCUGAGGCAAACCAAAGGUAAAUUUCUCAAGGUUCUUGCUGCCUUCUUUAGCAGCAUUUGAUGGAAGAUCUUUUAUACAUUUGUAAUAGAUAAAAAUAAACCAGAUUGCAAAUCCUUUUUUAAAAUCUUAAACCAUGUACCAAGUUUUUGGUCCAAAUUGUGUAGAAUAAGUUAAACUUAAAUUGCAUUUUAUUAACCAAUAUGAGUGUAUUUCUGUAAGCAUAGUUAUGUUGAAAUAAAGUUUUAAAAAGCA